GUGGUUUUUUAGCAAUUUAUCAGAGUUUGCUAAAGAUAACGAUCUUCAAUUAAUGCCUACUCGAAUCAUUACUGACUUUGAGUUGGCACCUAUCAACGCAUCUCAUCAUGAAUUCCCAAAUGCAGUUCAAAAAGCGUUCUUUUCAGCUCAAGAAAUUCCUGCCACAUUUGAAAUUCUGAAGGAAUAUUAUAUUCCUGGAAAAGUACGACAUAGGUCACGUGAUGGAACUGUAGCAACUCGUGGCUUGCCUUUAUUUCUACCAAGCUUAUGGUCUAUUUAUGAUUUGAUCAAGCUAGGCGUUCUGAGAACGCAGAAUGUCAUGGAGGCCUGGCACCACUGUUGGAAGACAUUAGUUGGAGGAUUAAAUCAAAAUGUUGAAACUCAGAUUGAAUGGAUACUUCGUAGAGAGCAAAGACCUAAACCAAAAAGAUGUUUUAUUGAAAAAGAGAAAAGGCUAAUGACAGUUUUUAAUGACUGA